AUGAAUACGGGAGACGUUUUCGACGAGCACCUGGGUGUCAUCGCAGCCCUGCGGGACAACUAUGCCCGGCAUGACGACACCGACACUAUCCGCGAACUGCUGGGGAUACAGGAGGAGUUGGAGGGCUUGUUGAGCUCCCGAGAAGACACGGUCAAGCAAGCUAUACAAGCCCUCAGCUCCAGAGUGGAGGAGGCACGCAUCAAGGCGGUGUAUCCAGAGGAAGAGGGUGCACACGAUGCCCGACUGCGUGAGCUGGAGGCCAGGGUGGCUGCCUCGAAACAGCAUGUGGCCCAGCUCACCACAGAGCUGGAGGCCCUGGGAAAGCAACGCCAGCAGCUGGGCAGCAGCAUGAAGGAGGUCGGCCUAAAGAAGGCGCAAGUGGACCACUUGCUGUUGGAGGACGAGCCUCGCAUCAGGCAUCAGCUUAGCCUGUACGCCCACGUAUCCAAGAUCAGCUGGCGGUUCGACAAUCCCGACCGCAUUGCGGGCACGGUCUCGGAUCCUGAAAAGGCGGAUGUGCGGCUCUUCGACCUGGCCCCGCAGAUGCCCCGCUUUGAGGCCACCAACCAGCUCUGGAGGCUGAUGGAGGCCGCAAGCUGA